ACCAACCUUGUGAACAGCCGGCAGGCAAAUAGUGGACAUUAGUCAGAGAGAGGGAAACACAACACAAACAAAGAGAACAAGCCUGUUUCCCUCUCUUAAUCAUAAUCAUCUUACACAACUACUACUUUUCUCUGUGAGAGGCAAGCCAUUCAGCAUGUCGCGAGGCAGCUUUGUCUUCACACCCAUGGCCUUGCGCUCUCUUGAACUUGAUGAGGACAUGCUAGAGAGACACAAGUACAAGAAGAAGCUGGCCUCCAGUCACCUCAACAAUUACAUGCUGAAAAAGGAGGCCAGGGCACCGCUGAGGUCCAACACUGCCCUGCCACCAGCUGUCUGCCAAGAUGUGGUCAUUCAGAACGCUCUGUAUACAGGAGACCAGGAAGCUUUGCAGCGCCUCUUUCCUAGAGGAUCCACGGCAAACCUCAUCAUUGAGCCACAGGGUGGGGACAUGCGCUGGGUGGCCACAGGGGAAGGACUAUGGUCUCUGAAUUAUGAGCAGGAGCUGACCACACCACUUCACAUCACAGCUGGCCGAGGCUUCACAGACUGCAUGAGACUCCUGCUGCAGCGUGGGGCCAAUGUAGACCUGGCACCUGGGGGCACCACUGCCCUGCAUGAAUCCUGUGAAAACUGCCAGCCAGAGUGUACCAAACUGCUGCUGAUCCAUGGCGCCAAUGCCAAUGCUGUCUCUGAAGAUGGUGUUAUGCCUUUGCACAUUUGUACAAGCCCCGAAUCCCUUGAAUGUGCCAAGUAUCUCCUUCAGUAUGGUGCAGCAAUCAAUGGUCGCACAGUAGAUGAAAACGACACUCCCUUACAUGUCGCAGCCAAGAAUGGCCUCCCAGACCACACUGAGCUGUACCUGCGCUACGGAGCUGCUGUGGACAAACAAAAUGAUGAGGGUCUCACACCCCUGAAUGCUGCUUGUUCACAAACCCAGGUGGUGCAGGAUCUUGAACGGUACUUCAAGGUGUGCCAGAUGCUGUUGGGGAAAGGGGCCGUCGUCCACACUGUCGACCAAGACCAACGCAGUCCUUUGCACAUGGCCUGUAAGAAUGUAAAUCCAGACAUAGUGGAUCUGCUGCUCGCCAAUGGUGCCUGCGUUAACGACAUGGACUACGGGGGUGAAGCUCCCCUGCACGACAUCCUGAAGGUGGUGUGCUACAAGGUUUCCCAUCACCCUGAGAGGAUUGUACGUGCUCUUCUCAACCAUGGUUCUAUUCGGGUGUGGCCCGGAGCUCUGCCCAUGGUUAUGAGGCACUGCUCUGAAUCGCCACGCACCAUCGAGGUUCUUCUGAACGCCUACAGUCACCUCAAAGUCACAGACACCUGGGUUGAGUCCGUGUCACCGGAGGUGUUUAAGGAGCACAAAGAGUUCUAUGAAUCAGUCUUCUCUUUGGCACUGACUCCUCGCUCCCUGCAGCACUUGGCACGCUGCCGACUCAGGAGCUUCCUGGGGGGCCGCGUACACAAGGUGGUCCCUAAACUCGAUCUCCCCACCUUCAUCAAGAAUUAUCUGCUACUAGAGUACAGAGGCUAUGUCCACUGAAAGCACUUUGUGUAGUCUUAUGUUAGUGUGAGUCCUGAUGAAGAUUGAGUGCUGCUAUGUGUAAGCAGUGGCUGUUCACAAUAUAUAAUAAUGGUCAAGAUUAUAAUUACAAUAGUGACAUCUACUGCAGCACUAUACACCAGGGCACUUAAUAUUUUUAAAUGCAUUUUGUAAGCUUUCCAGGAGGGAGAAGCAGCUGUUUGUUCUCUAACAACAAUGUGUUUUCUGUGUCCUAUUCCAGAUCAAUCUUUCAGUUUACUGUUUGAUUUUGCACCACAAGAGGGAGCUAUAGACUAGAGUUCAUAAAGUAUAUAGCAGGUAUGCAAUUUUAUGAUUUAUAUUUUAUGGUCACAUUUGUUUGUGUUUUUUUUUACAUUGGCACUUGAUAGAAAAGAGGCUGAGAUGCUUCUCUUUUUGUACAUCAUAUUUAUCAUGGUAGAAUAAUGUUAGUGUGCAUAGUGAUGACGUGUUGGAGGAUUGCUCUAAAAGAUGUGCAUACAUAAUUAUUGAUAUGAUGGUAUUUUGGUUUUUUUAAAUCAAAAAUAGGAUUGAUAUAAAAUAAAAUAUUCCACCAUGGACAUGUAAUCUAGA